AUGAAGACCUUCGAGGACAUAUGUGGAUCCAAUACUCUUGCUGUAUUUCCUCCAGGACAUUUCUUUCAUAACAGUGAAGGUUUUGUUAGGUAUUAUCAGCCAUUAUGGUUUGAUUACUGUCUAGCAACUCAUGACAGAAAUUUGAAGCUCAUUCACGACAGCCUAGUUGAUGCAGUCAUCAAGCGUCUCAUGUCUGAUGCUCCUCUUGGCGUUUUGUUAUCAGGAGGUUUGGACUCAAGCCUUGUUAGCUCGAUAGCUGCCCGAGAGAUGAAGCGGCGUGGCCUAGUCGUACAUUCGUUUUCGAUUGGAGUCGACCAUAAUUCUCCUGACUUAAUUGCAGCAAGAAAAGUGGCCAGGCACAUUGGGACACAACAUCAUGAGUUCCAUUUUAGUGUAGAGGAGGGGAUCAGGAAUCUUCGUAAUUUGAUAUGGUAUCUCGAAACAUACGAUGUUACAUCCAUACGGGCGUCAACGCCUAUGUAUUUUCUGUCCGAAAAGAUAAAACAAAUGGGCGUAAAGGUUGUGCUUUCCGGAGAAGGAGCUGACGAAAUUUUUGGAGGUUACCUGUACUUCCAUAACGCUCCCAAUGAUGAAGAGUUUCAAAAGGAGACCAUUGAUCGCGUUCUUCAUCUUUACACAGCCGACUGCCUUCGCGCGGACAAGUCUACUAUGGCUCAUUCUGUAGAAGUUCGAGUACCUUUCUUGGACAAAGCAUUCCUAGAUGUGUCCAUCUUGACAGCACCACAAUACAAGCGACCACAUACUAUUAAUGGACGUGAUGUAGAGAAGUACAUCCUCAGAAAAGCAUUCGAUGAGGAUACGUAUCUUCCGCACGAGAUCCUUUGGAGGCAGAAGGAACAGUUUUCCGACGGUGUUGGUUACUCUUGGAUUGAUCAGCUAGUGGCACAUUGUGAGAAACAGGUGACCGAUGAAGAAUUCUCAAAAGCAGAAGAGCUCUACCCACACAACACUCCCAGAAGCAAAGAAGCAUUCUACAUGCGGCAGAUAUUCCAUGAGCUAUUUCCCAGCGACAAUGCUGCGAAAACCGUCAGAAAAUGGAUUCCAAAGUGGCAAGCCAGCCAAGAUCCUUCUGGUCGAGCUUCCCAUGUCCAUGAUCAUUCUCUUAAUAAAGGAAAAGAGACUGAAGUGAUACGCUAUGCUGAGUCAAGACCUCAUCAUGCAUAG